AUGAUGGAAAGCGGUGGUGAGCAGAGGGGCCAAGUGGAAGAUGAGGCCAUGUGCACCUCUGCCUCGGAGGGGCUGGAGGAGGGUGAGGUGGAGGGCGAGACGCUGCUCAUCGUGGAGUCGGAAGACCAGGCCUCGGUGGACCUCUCGCACGACCAGAGCGGUGACUCGCUCAACAGCGAUCUGGGGGAGGAUGCCGAGGGUGGCUGGAACGAGGACAUGGCCUUCUACUGUGACAAGUGCCACAAGUGGAUCCCCAUCGCACAGCUGCACGGAGAGCAACCCAGCUACCUGAAAGGAGACAACUUCUUCAAGUUCACCUGCUAUGACUGUACAGAAGAUGUCAAGGAGACCUUUGAGAGGAUGAGACUCACCUGGCAACAGGUUGUUAUGUUGGCCAUGUACAACCUUUCGUUGGAGGGCACGGGGCGUCAAGGCUACUUUAGAUGGAAGGAGGACAUCUGUGCCUUUAUUGGGAGACACUGGACCUUCCUACUGGGCACCAGGAAGAAGACUUCCACGUGGUGGAGCACGGUGGCGGGCUGUUUGUCGGUGGGGAGCCCCACGUUCUUCCGCUCAGGGGCCCAGGAGUUUGGCGAGCCAGGCUGGUGGAAGCUGGUGCAGAACCGUCCACCCACCCUGCGCCCAGAAGGGGACAAGUCCUCGGUGGCCUACCUAAAGUCUAAAGCCGCCUCCAAGCCAACCCUGGAGCCCAUCAUCACGGUGGAGGGCUUACGGAAGCGUGUGGGCCGUAAUCCGGUGGAGAGUGCCAUGCAGCUGAAAGAAAAGCGCUCACGCACCCACGAGGCCAAGGACAUCCGGCGGGCGCAGAAGGAGGCGGCGGGGUACAUGGAUCGCAGCACCUCCUCCACGCCUGUCAAGUUCAGCGGCCGUGGCGGUGGGAGGCGACCCGACUUUGUCCUGGAGAAAGGCGAGGUGGUGGACUUCUCCUCAAUGAGCUCCUCGGACCGAACGCCACUCACCAGCCCCUCGCCGUCGCCCUCUCCAGACUUCUCUGCACCCGGCACCCCCGCCUCCCACUCAGCCACGCCCAGCCUGCUGUCGGAGGCUGACCUCAUCCCUGACGUCAUGCCACCAAUGGCGCUCUUUCACGAUGACGAGGAGCUAGACGGCGAAGGCUUCAUCGAUCCCGGCAUUGAGUACAUCCCCUCACCCAGCAUGUCCCUGGGCACUGGCGCCCUUGUCGUUCGCAAGAAGCUGCGACCAGGAGCGCACAUCAAGCAGGAAGCAGAGAGUGAUGAAGAGGGCCGUGACCGGGACGAUGAAGACGACGAGAGAAGGGGGCAUGGCAAAGGCCAAUCCAACGUGGCAUGGGGUGGCGGGGAGAGGAGGAGGGGAGUCCUAACAGAGAAGGGGGAGGGUUUGCCUCCCUCAGAGCCCCGGUUUGCCCCCCUCAGCCUUUAUGAAGAGCGCGUGCUGCUGCGGCGCCUGGAGGCCUGUCCGCAGGCGCUGGCAGUGACUGCGCAGGCCAAGCGGCUGCACAGGAAGCUACUGGUGAGGCAGGCCAAACGCCAGAGAGGGCUCCCCCUGUUGGACAUCGAUCAGGCGGUCAGCGCCACCCUCAGUCUGGUGGGAGGGGUGUACGGGGCCCAGGAGGGGGGACAGGGCCACUACGGGGGCUCCGGCACGGGGAAGUACCGCACCACCAGCCAGGAUCUCCGAAUCCUUGACCGCUUCCAGACAACGGUGUCCAGCAGAAGAGGGUACCACCAGCCCACAGUGUCCUUCUGGCACCGGAUCAUGGGCUUGGACGCCAGCAUAGACCAGGGCAUCAAGAGCCCGUACACCUCCCGCACUCUCAAACCCUUCAUAAGGAGGGACUACGAGAACAAGCCUAUGAAGCUGAAGAUGUUGGCGGAGAUCCGUGCCUACCCCCACAGGAAGGACCCCCUCUGGGACCCAGAUCCAGAGGCCCCCAUCGACUACUGUUACGUCCGGCCCAACCACAUCCCCUCCGUUAACUCAAUGUGCCACGACAUCUUCUGGCCAGGCGUGGAUCUCUCCGAGUGUCUCCAGUACCCAGACUUCAGCGUCGUGGUCCUUUAUAAGAAGGUGGUGAUCGGCUUUGGGUUCAUGGUGCCGGACGUGAAGUACAACGAGGCCUACAUCUCCUUCCUGCUGGUGCAUCCCGAGUGGAGGAGGGCUGGAAUCGCUACAUUCAUGAUCUACCAUCUCAUUCAGACCUGCAUGGGAAAAGACGUCACUCUACACGUCUCGGCCAGUAACCCUGCCAUGCUCCUAUACCAGAAGUUCGGCUUUAAGACUGAGGAGUACAUCUUGGACUUUUAUGACAAAUACUACCCGCUGGACAGCAAGGAGUGCCGACACGCCUUCUUCCUGCGGCUACGGCGGUGAGACAGGAAACGGGACAGGCCAGUAUUCAAGCCAUAGAAAUAUAAUUACUAGAAUGGACAGUCCCAAGUAAAUGAAUGUUCCAUUGUUGAACUGGUAGCCAUAUUGAGUGUACUAGUCAAAUUGUCGUUGUCUGUUGUAGGGUUUGUAUUUCUAUACAGGCAAUCAGUCAGAAGGAGUAAAAAAUUUAUCUGGAAUUGCCUGUGCUAUUCAGUGUAGCCAUUGUAUGAACCUAUGGUGAGGUGUAUUUUUGUUGAUCCACAGAAGAGACUGAAGGACGAUAUUUUAUUGUAAUUUUGUACACUCGCAUUUCUGAAUAAUUCUGCAGCCCAAGUGGCAAUUAUAUAAAGAAAAAAAUCAUUCACA